AUGAUGGACGACGGGUCGAGACGGGCGCUUUACGCGUAUCCUCCUGCAGCUGCUGCUGCUGCAACUCCCGCGUCGUUGUCUCCUCUCGCACUCGCCACGUCGGCAAACCAUCGAAACAAGCAGCGAAAAAAAGCAGGAAAAAAAGCAGGAAAAAAGCAAGACAGUCCGCCGUCACCACGUGCCGCGGGUCGGUCCAAGACGGAGCAAGUGGUGCUCGAGUUCCUGUACAAAGCAGCGGAGCUCAUUGUCCAGAGCCGCGUGAACCUCGAGGCCGAACCGGAUGGGCGGCGCAGCAGUCGUCGCGCGCGCUUCAACUUGGACAUUGACGAGGUCCCGAUCGUUCGAGACGCUAUGGCUGCGUGGCGAGACGACGUGCGUCGGCCGCUGGCGAUCGACAUUGUCUACGACGAAGCAGCUGGCAGCGGGCGCACGCAGGUGCUGCUCGAGCGCUGGAGCGUCACAUUUGCAGCUGACGGCGAGAGCGCGAGCGCUGUGUGGUUGGGCUCGACGCAGGACGUGAUCCAGCAACUGAAGGAAGUGUGCAAGAAGAUUAGUGUGCUGCUGCGCGCCUUGUUCGCGCUGAUGCGGCAGCUGCCGGCGCAUCGGUUGUUCGCGCAAUCGUAUCCUUCGCUGCUGAGCUACACGAUACAUGCAGCGCCAGCGAGUGAGGCCACACGAGCGUUUGAGACGCAACAGGUCGCUACGAGUGGAUACGCGUUUGUGCCGAUCGCGACACCGUUUGGUUUGCUGAGAGUGGCGACAGUGUAUCGACGAGACUGCAGUCUGUUUACCGAGCAACAGGAGCAAGCUGCGUCGUCGCGUAUCUUGCAGAAUAGUUUCAUUAUCCAGGACUAUGUGCCAGGAUCACCGGACUUGGUUCCUGCAAGUGCUCCUGCGCCAUCGUGGACAAGAACGGCGUUGGUCCAGUCGCCGACGGGGGAGGCAGCUUCGCACACGGAUGCGUUUAUGCCAGUCCGUGAUGCGCAGCAGCUCCGUGACAAUGACGUCGGAGCUUUGCCGCGAUGUCGGUCAUCGCCUCGCUCGAUUCCUGUGUCACUUGCCGAUCGGCCGCAGCGGCAGUUCAGUAGUGCAGAUGAUGUGGAUGGCGAGCACACGGGGGAAGUCGCAGCAGUGUGUCGUCAGCCUGGUAUGUCCAAACCUGUGGCAAUCCCACGUUCUGGUAUCGAAGGGGGCAUUGCUGCUGCUGGUCCAUUACGCGCGGGGAUACGGAAUGAGUACGGCGAAGACAAGAGCGACGGCAGACUGGUUCAGCACGCACAUUCGUACGGUGGUGAGCAAGACAUUCGAUUGCGGGGUGCAUCUCUGGACCCGAACGUGACUGCAGCACCUUAUGGCUACGGCAAUGUCGCAAUUGAACGGAAACAACCGCAUCAGUGCUCGCCGUCGGUCGCAUUCCAGCAACGCCAGCAACAGCUGUGGGAGGGUACAGAUCGUCAGGAUGGCGAGAUCGGGCAACGUGGUUCGCCGACGUUCGGUCGCGAUGAGUUGCCGCUGAGCAACAGCAGUACGGGGUGCCACCCCUUGUCGACGCCUCCUCGUCACCCUCAGAGCAAUCUGUUGCAGCGUCAUGAUGUGAGGCGCAGACACAUGUCGUUCAAUGGUGCUUUUGUUUCCGAAGUGGUUCAUUCGCAUGUUCCAAGUGCCCUUGUGGGUGUUCCUGCGAAAAGAGACGCCGUUCUACGUUCGCAUGGCGAUGCACAAACCGAUGACGUGGCGAUGUUCUCUGUGAGCCCUCCGUUCCGAGCGAAUCCGUGCGAGCUGUCGUCGACGUCACCCGGUUGUUCGAACAGCAAGAGCCGCAUCCAGUCCGGCUCGAGCAACCUGCCCACGUUUGUGACGACGGAUCAGUAUCAGCCGCGGCUCCAUAGUGCGAAGGGUCCACCUUCUGAGAGUCUGCUCUCUGCACAGUCGCGGGGUUUCUCGCCGGACUUUGGCGAUUGUGGUGUCACGGCAUGGGGAGUCUCACCUGACGCGCCGGAUCUGUUCAGCCUUGCACUUGUUGGUGCUGGUGCUGGUGCUGGUGUGAGUAGAGGCCGGCCUCGACUGUUGCUCUCCGAGAGACCAGAUACCGAAGGCACUAGUAGUGUCCAAGGAGAUGCAUCCUCGAGUGAUGGCUUGGACAUGCUGUUGCCUUUUGCACUGGGAGACGGCUCGAUGACGGUCGGCACUGCCUUCGAGACGCAGUCGACAAGUACGCUCAACUGUUCGUCACGACUGGAGACUGCAGCGGUGGGUGCGUUUCUGCACCAGCUGAAGAACGCGCCUCGGCUGAGCAGAUCUACUACAGAUGAUGCUGUGUCGUCUUCGUCGGUAGCAGCAGGUGACAGACCGGGCAAGCCGUCGAACAAAGGCAGUCAUGACAUUUCUGCCCAGGCUUCAAUGUUCGACGACGAACUCGCUGGUUUUCGCAGGCUGCGGGACGAGCUUGCACGAGCGCUUUGA